AUGGAGGGCGACAGCGGGAGCUCGUGGGCCCUGGGGCUGCUGCGAACCUUCGACGCGAGCGAGUUCGCAGGCUGGGAGAAGGUCGGCUCUGGCGGCUUCGGACAGGUGUACAAGGUGCGCCACGUCCACUGGAAGACGGGAGCGCAUGGAGCUUCUAGAGGAAGCCAAGAAGAUGGAGAUGGCCAAGUUCCGGUAUAUCCUGCCCGUGUACGGCAUCUGCCAGGAACCCGUGGGCCUCGUCAUGGAGUACAUGGAGACAGGCUCACUGGAGAAGCUACUGGCCUCAGAGCCUCUACCAUGGGACCUGCGCUUCCGCAUCGUGCAUGAGACAGCCGUGGGCAUGAACUUCCUGCACUGCAUGUCCCCGCCGCUCCUGCACCUGGACCUCAAACCGGCAAACAUUCUGCUGGAUGCCCACUACCAUGUCAAGAUUUCUGACUUUGGCCUGGCCAAGUGCAACGGGCUGUCCCACUCCCACGACCUCAGCAUGGAUGGCCUGUUCGGCACCAUUGCCUACCUGCCUCCAGAGCGCAUCCGAGAGAAGAGCCGGCUCUUCGACACCAAGCACGACGUGUACAGCUUUGCCAUCGUUAUCUGGGGCGUGCUUACACAGAGAAAGCCGUUUGCAGAUGAGAAAAACAUCUUGCACAUCAUGGUGAAGGUGGUAAAGGGCCACCGCCCAGAGCUGCCGCCUAUCUGCAGGCCCCGGCCACGUGCCUGCAGCAACCUGAUACGCCUCAUGCAGAGGUGCUGGCAUGAGGACCCGCGUGAGCGGCCCACCUUCCAAGAAAUUACUUCUGAAACUGAGGACCUAUGUGAAAAACCUGAAGAUGAAGUGAAAGAAACAACUCAUGACCUGGAUGAGAAAAGCCCACCCGAACCCCGGAGUGAGGCAGUGCCCGUGUCCACACGGCUGAAGCGUGCCUCUGCUCCCACCUUUGAUAAUGACUACAGCCUCUCAGAGCUGCUGUCACAGCUGGACUCUGGAAUCUCUCAGACUAUAGAGGGCCCUGAAGAGCUCAGCCGCAGCUCCUCCGAGUCCAAGCUCCCAUCGUCCAGCAGCGGCAAGAGGCUCUCGGGGGUGUCUUCUGUGGACUCCGCCUUCUCUUCCAGAGGAUCACUGUCACUGUCCUUUGAACGAGAGCCUUCCACAGGUGACCUGGGCACCACAGAUUUCCAGAAGAAGAAGCUUGUGGAUGCCAUCAUAUCUGGGGACACCAGCAAGCUGAUGAAGAUCUUGCAGCCCCAGGACGUGGACGUGGUCCUGGACGGCAACGCCAGCCUGCUGCACCUGGCUGUGGAGGCUGGCCAGGAGGAGUGCGUCAAGUGGCUUCUACUCAACAACGCCAACCCCAACCUGACCAACCGGAAGGGCUCGACUCCACUCCAUUUGGCUGUGGAGAAGAAGGUCCGGGGUGUUGUGGAGCUCCUGUUGACCCGCAAGAUCAGCGUCAACGCCAAGGAUGAAGACCAGUGGACAGCUCUCCACUUUGCAGCCCAAAACGGGGACGAGUCCAGCACACGGCUGCUGCUGGAGAAGAACGCUUCCAUCAACGAGGUGGACUUUGAGGGCCGGACGCCCAUGCACGUAGCCUGUCAGCAUGGGCAGGAGAACAUCGUGCGCAUCCUGCUGCGCCGGGGCGUCGAUGUGGGCCUGCAGGGGAAGGAUGCCUGGGUGCCACUGCACUACGCUGCCUGGCAGGGCCACCUGGCCAUUGUCAAGCUGCUGGCCAAGCAACCAGGAGUGAGUGUGAAUGCCCAGACCCUGGAUGGCAGGACGCCCCUGCACCUGGCUGCCCAGCGAGGGCACUACCGUGUGGCCCGCAUACUUAUUGACCUGUGCUCUGACGUCAACAUCUGCAGCCUGCUCGCACAGACGCCCCUGCACGUUGCCGCUGAGACUGGGCACACGAGCACUGCCAGGCUGCUCCUGCAUCGGGGUGCUGGCAAGGAGGCGGUGACUGCAGAGGGCUGUACCGCCCUGCACCUGGCUGCCCGCAACGGACACCUGGCAACUGUCAGACUGCUCAUUGAGGAGAAGGCUGACCUGCUGGCCCGGGGGCCCCAGCACCAAACUGCCCUGCACCUGGCUGCUGCCCGUGGGCACUCAGAGGUGGUGGAGGAGCUGGUCAGUGCUGACAUCAUUGACCUGUCUGAUGAGCAGGGCCUCAGCGCACUGCACUUGGCCGCGCAGGGCAGGCAUGCGCACACGGUGGAGACACUACUCAAGCAUGGGGCCCACAUCAGCCUGCAGAGCCUCAAGUUCCAGGGUGGCCAGGGUGGGGGUGCCACAGCCACACUGCUCCGGCGAAGCAAGACCUAGCCUGCUGCAUGCAGAGACCAGGGAUGCAUGUGGGGUGCUGUUGUGUCAUGUUUCAUGUGGGGACACAGUGAUACAGUGGCAGCCCCGCUCCCUGGUGGUUUGCUUGCUAAAACAUUGAUGGAGUGUAAACCAUCUGGUGAGGCAGUGUGGCUGUUGCCAGUGGGCUUAUUGCCUUCCAUGUGAAAUUGGCUAGAAGGUACCCGGUUGUUAACCUAGUCCCACAUUGGCACCUGGUAUCAGAAGGGACGAUGGGUCAGAAUCGUUUCACAGUGUUCCCAAUGGGUUGCUGACGCUGGUCCCUUGGUGACCAAGCCUUGGGUCAGGAUGAGCCUGUUCUGAUGAGCCGAGCACCUCUGCUUGCUCAGAAUACAUAGUCCAAGGGACGAGGUGCAAGAAGAACCACUUGCCUUUUGUCUUCCCAGCAUGGGCUAGGAACCUGCCGUAGAAAGUUUCCAUGGAUUUCUUGUAAGAUACCUUCUCCAACAGAUGCAUAUCACGUCAAAUCUCACUUGAGACUUAUUGGUGACAUUGGAUCAUCUAACCGGAGGAUACACGGGUUGACCGUGAUGUCAUAGGUUAGCUUGGAAGGCAAAAGAUGUUUCACUCGAGAAACCACAGCUGCAGCUGGCACUGCUGGUAUGUGUGUGUGUGGCUACUUUGUGUCCUGGCUUGUCCUUCAGGUAGUCCCCAUUGUGCCACACUACCCUAGUCAUGCAAGUUGCUGCUGUUCAUUUCUUGCAUGAAACAUUUUUGGAACUCUAGAGCCAGAGACCUAGUGUAAAAGUCAUUUUAUAAUCUUCAUCACUUCCGUUCUGGACUGGAAACAGUAUUAUAGUGAAAUGAACCACUCAUCUGUUUCUUCCAAGGGCUUGCAUUUGGUAGAUGUGGUUCAUGUGGUAGGAUACUGUUUUGGGCCUCAGGGGUUUUCCAACUUGCUUUCCAAGUGGCCACACCUUGUUGGCACCUCAGCAGCUUGGCCUGUACCCCAAAGGUGGCUCUAGGAGAUGGCCAUACCCCUGGAUGGAGAAGACUUGACCACCUUGCUUCAUUAAUUCAUAAGUUGCCACAUGCGUCCCAUGUGGUGCCUUCCAAAGACUGUUGAGUAAGUUUGUUGCAGACUGUGACCCUGUGUGCAAACAUGUACCGUGGCCUGGUGUAUGAUACAGGGAUUGACAUUAAUGUACCAUGUAUGUUAAUGUGAAUCUGUGGGCAGGAUACUUCUUUUCUAUGACAGGAAAUAUCCACGCUGUUUAGAACUGGCUAUGUUUUAAUAUGCCUCAUAUGCUUUUACUGUGUGAUGCUACCAUUAAGUUGAAUUGUUGAAGACAGACUUCUGCUGGAUGUCAAUAAAGCAAAGCACU